AUGGUGAACAAAACAGUCGUCCUGGCCUUUCUUGGCCUCGGAGCCAAUCUCGUGGCCGCAACGGAUAGAACCGUGACCGUCACGACCACCAAAACGGAGACAGUCACAGAUUGUCCCUCGUCAUUCUAUUCCGUCGUGACCAGCUGCACUUCCACCGCCACCCUGACCGUGUCCACCUCCUCGAUGGAGAGCGAGACUGGAUCCAAGUCCGCCUCUACGGGUAUAUCCACCACGGGCUCUGCGUCUUCUGGAUCGAGCUACUCGCAAGGGACGUAUUCCCCUCCCACGGCAUCGUAUAGCACCUAUGACACCGGCACUGCUACCACUGUCACCAAGACGGAGACGUAUCAAUCUGUCAAGAGCGUCACUUCUUCGACUACCGUCACGGCUACCUCUGGUGUCACCAGUGACUCGAGCCAGCUCCCUGGCAGCACGUCCUCCGCUGCUACGGAGAGCACAGGGUCGUCUUCCUCUGCUGGCUCUUCUUCUACUGGAACUCCAUCUUCCUCCACGGCCUCUGAUUCAUCCUCGUCUGUGUCCUCUCUCGCUUCUUCUUCGUCUUCCGCUGCGUCGUCUUAUUCGACGUCGGGGUCUACUCGGGAGACCACCUUCAUAUUCGCCACCACGACGCAAGCUCGUGGCUCCUCUACGAGUUCUGGAAGUGCGACCGCGAGUACAGCUGAGAGUACGACGUUGACGACGCUGAGUUCGACUAUUACGCAGACUGUGACGCUCCAUUCCAUCGGGCAGCUCCUCGGGUUCUUCUACUGGUUAUUCCACACUGACAUCCGGCACAUCCACCGAGACUUCCGAAUCUUCAACAGGAUACUCCACUCAGACAUUGACAAGCUCCUCAGUUGGAUCGUCCACUGGAUCGUCCACUGGAUUGUCUACUGGAUCUACCUCAGUGACCGGUUACUCUACCGCUUCUCAAUCCACCGGGCAAUCCUCGACCGCAUCUUCAACGGAAUCUGCUUCCACAAUCACCAGCCAGUCAACUUCCGGAACAGCCUCCACUACAAGCGGUCAAUCUUCCACCGAAUCGUCAACAGAAACUUCUUCCGGAUAUACAUCCGCAAGCACCAGCGGCACACUACCACGUAUUCUGGCACUCCCUCUUCAUCAUCCUCGGGCUCAACCCAGUCCACAGCCUCAACAACCCAAUCCGGAACCGAAACAACCGACUCCUCCGCCCUCCCCGGCACAACCCAAUCCUCAUCUUAUACAUCCUGCACCGACUCAUCUUCCCCCAUCUACACUCUCCCCAACUCAACCGCCUCUACUUCCUUCGGGAGCUACUCUUCCCAGUCAACUGCCGCUACAUCCUCCGGAAGCUACUCUUCACAGUCAGCCACAGCCUCCACCACAAGCUCCUCCUCCCAAUCAUCGUCCCUCAGCACAUCCACAACAAGCUACAUCCUCCCUUCUUCAAGCUCAAGCAUCACAACCGACGCUUCCGCCGCGCCGGCCACGACAUUUUCCACUUCCACUUUCACGUCCACGAGCUCGCCGUAUUCGCCACCCUCAAGUGAAACUUCCGCCACAACGACGUACUACUCCCCGCCCUACUCCCCACCCCCAUCUUCUGCAACAUCCACAUCUGUUUCUAGCUCAACUUCGUCCUCGGCUUCAUCUUCGACUUCAUCCUCUUCCGUCUUGACCAUCCUGACCACGUAUACCACCCAAACAUCCACACCCUCAGCAACAUCUUCUUCUUCUUCUUCUUCCUUGUCUACCUCUUCAUCUUCUGCUGCUUCUUCUUCGUCGUCGCCGUCUUCAACGACACUCUACACUUCAACCACCGCAAACACUGAGGCCUCCAGCACCGAAACCUCGACUACUGGAACCGCAUCUUCUACCAGCACCUCUUCGAAGAGCGAGUACCCCGUCCCUACUAUCCCCUCGUACGGUCCGCCGCCGUCUUACGACACCCCGUCGUAUGAGCUGCCGCCGUCUUACGGAUUCAGGGGCCGAAGGAUUUGGUAA